AUGCACAGAAAAUUGCAAAGGGCUUUGAUUCAAUUCAUCAUCUUCCUCUGUAUUCUAUUUUUCAUCUUAUAUCUCAACCGCCCACAAAGCAACCAAGAAAAAAUCUUCGCAUGGACCAAAAUCCGCUACAGAACCACUUCAGCCAUCAUCCCUGAGCGAAGAGGCAUCUGUCCAGGCCUAGCAGGAAGCACCAAGCCAGCUCUGGUAGUCGCAUAUACAGAAGCAGAUGGCAACCCAUCCUGGCUGGAGAACCUGCGCGCAAAGUACCAUGUAUGCAAAUACAACAUCGACACCCCCACCAACAAAGAAAGCAACCUGCUCCAGGUGCCCGCCAACCGCGGCCAUGAAGCAAUGACCUACCUCACUUUCAUCAUCGACAACUAUGACGACAUCCCAGCUGCAGGCGCAGUCUUCAUCCACGGCUCCCGCUGGGCCUGGCACAAUGAUGCGCCGGACUAUGACAACGCCGCGCUGCUUGCAGCGCUAGACGUCCAGCGGGCGCUCCAGCCGGCAGGAUAUCACAACAUGCGUUGUGACUGGAGCACCGGGACGUGUCCGUCGUCUGUGGCCGCGCAAGGUAGCCUCGAGAUGAGAUUGCAGAGUGCGGUUGCGCCGUGGAGUCCACGUGCGGCGUCGGAUCUUGCGCUGCCAAAGGCUUUGGCGCAUAUCUUUGGUGGGGGUGUUGAUGAGGCGCUUUCCUCGCGGAUUGAGCAGCAGGUGCAUUUGCAUCUUGGGCGGAAUGACGCUGUGCGCGCGCAGUGCUGUGCCCAGUUUGUUGUAUCACGGGAACGGGUGUGGCAGCAUACUUGGGAUGAGUAUGUUGCGCUUCGGCAGUGGUUGCUUGAUGGAAGUGAUGAUGGGGUUGCGAGACGCAUGAGGGCUGAUGAGAGGGCGGCGCCUGGGGAUGAUCUUGUUGCUGGGCGGAUUUUGUCUUAUUUGUGGCAUAUUUUGUUUGCGCCGUUUGAAGAGGAUGGGGGCAUUGAUUUGAUGAAGCUGAACCGGUUUGCUUGUCCUUCUGCGGAGGAAUGUUAUUGUCGGCUUUAUGGGAGGUGUUCGUUGAAGUGUCGUGGUCCUGCCAGUUGCAGCGGGCAGUACCGCGUACCUCAUAAUUACAAGUUGCCGGCGGAUUGGGCUGAGACACAUUCAUAG